CUAUGCAUCUUUCCCCACAUUGUACUGGCCUGCUGCCAUUUUCCAAAUCGAUAUGAAUAGGUCCCAAGUGGCCUGUGUUUUCUUUUGGGUAGGGAGGCUGGGUGUUCCUCUGUGUCAGGUCACGGUGUUUCUACUUGUGACGAGGCUUGCCAAGAUGUUUGCUGUAGAAGUAGAUUGAAAAACAUUCAUUCAUUAUGUGUGCCUGUAUUCUCUGGCCUCUUGCACUACUUACUGUACGGUCCUUUUAUUGUUUAUUACUCUCUUGUUCUCCUUGUCUAAUAAAGGAAACGCCAUUUGAAACUUGAAAGUUGGCACUUAAAAGCUAGCAGAGCGGAACGUAAAAGCUCACGGAGCUAGACCAUGAUCAUCAAAAAGUUGCUUCCAAGGCGCAAUUUUCCUCAUCUCGAACCAAUGCUGAGAUCCACACCAUCCUUCUCAAUUUCAAACACACAACAACAAUAACAGCAGCGACGACGACAACAUCAACAACAGUGGACACAACAUGACCUUUGACAAAGGAGAAAAGAAUAAGCGAGGAUUAUCACCACAAAGCAACCCUUCCGUGUCUACGAAGAAGCGAGCCACAGACCGAAAGGAGAACCAAGCCUGGGAACAGAAGCGUCAAGAAGAAAAGAUUCCGCGAGAGGGGGCCGAUGCUCGCAGUUCAAACCUGACAAUGCCAUCCUUGAGUGGUCCUCUGAAGAAGGAGGAGACUGAAGCUCAGGAUGAACAUGGCCGUCACUUCCCGUACAAUGCUCCCUCCCCAACAACAGAAGCAGAAUUUGGAAAGCAAGAUCAAUCCAUGUUGGAUGCAAAACAACAGAUUGAGGCGAUGGUCUUUGCAAUGCAGGCACUCGCCAACAACAAUGCUAAAGCUAAGCGUCUUGUGGACCCUUGGGUGGGUAAAUUCCAGCAAGUGCCAGAAGUCCUCAACCAAGCCAAAAAUGGCCAUGAGAUCCAGAAGCUGUUGAAGGAAAAGAAUCUAUCAAGUUGGUUGCUCCAACAGCGUAAUCGUCACGAAAAAGGAGGACCACUUGACCCUGACAAGGAAUCUCCACUAAUCACAAAGGAUAUUGCAGAUCUGCAGCGAAAACUACUCAAAGCAAUUGGCUUCCGUGCUCAGAAGGGCACAGCAUACUUCCCUUAAAGCAGCACUUGGAAAUCUGCAAUCUGGGAUCAGUCAAGUGGCUGCUUUGGGUCUCCAAGUGGCUACUAGAUUGAGAGUCCCAAGUACAAUUUGCAAGGAAUGGAGAAUUGGAUCCUGCAUUCCAUGGGAUGGGAGCUCAGGGAUAAGAACAAAUAGAAAUGAGCCACUGACAAAACCGGCCUUCGAAAGGUGCAACAACGCAACACAACUAAACUAAAAGCUUCAUUCAACAAUCUAUUUUAAAAAAGGGCUGCGGAAGUCUAGUAGGG